UUUUCCUGCUUUAGGUGCGUCAUCAGCUAGCGUGCGGGUUUGUGCAAAAGUAGUGAAUUUCGGCGUAAUCCUGCAUCCGAACCAGCGAAAAAUGACUUCCAAACAUAAAGAUAAAGACCGUGAUCGAGAUCGCGAUGGAGAAUCGAGCCAUUCGCACGGUAAAUCUCGUGACAAGGACCGUGAUCGCAGGAGAUCCCGAUCCCGCAGUAAGCAUCGGGAUAGAGAGAGGGACCGCGAGCGUGAUCGUGACCGGGAUAGGGACCGUGAGCGUGACCAUCAUCGGCGUCGCAGCAGGUCACGCGAUAGACGUCGCCGCAGCCGUUCGCGUAGCCGUGACCGCCGACGCUCCCGGGAGCGUGAUCGUGACCGAUAUGAUAGAGGAGGUAGCCGGGCCUCGGAACGUGAUUCCAAUCGUGCACGUGAAGAGAGUCGCGACAAGGAAAGCGCCUACGACUACAAGGGUCUGGAGUUUACCCAGAGUGUAAUCGAAUCGAUGAUGUCGACGGCAGCGAAUGCGAAGAACUUUGCCGAGCUGCUGACCAGCUACAGCCAGCAGCAGCAGAUCCAGCAACAGCAGCAGCAAAUACAAGCCCAGAAGGCUCUGCUGGAAGCGCACAACGAAAACAGCCAGUCGUCGGAUCUGGGCCGAGAUGGCCCCAGUGGAAGCGGCAACAAUAGUGGCAGCGAAGCUGAUGCUCGCCGUAGAAAAAAGAAAUCCCGCUGGGCUGGUGGUGAUCACGACAAAACCUUUAUCCCCGGAAUGCCGACUAUUUUACCGGCUGGGAUGAGCCAAGACCAACAGGAAGCAUAUUUAGUUCAACUGCAAAUCGAGGAAAUCAGCCGAAAGUUGCGCACCGGGGACCUGAUGAUACCGCAGAAUCCGGACGAAAGGUCUCCAUCCCCGGAGCCGAUCUACAGCAGCGAUGGCAAGAGGUUGAACACUCGGGAAUUCCGUACCCGGAAAAAGUUGGAAGAACAACGCCAUCAGCUAAUCCAGCGCAUGCAGUGUAUGAAUCCAGAGUUUAAACCACCGUCGGAUUACAAACCACCGGUGAUUCGUGUUAGCGAUAAGGUGCUCAUUCCGCAGGAAGAACAUCCGGAUAUUAAUUUCGUUGGUUUGUUGAUUGGUCCGAGAGGAAACACGCUGAAGGCAAUGGAAAAAGACACCGGUGCGAAGAUUAUAAUUCGAGGUAAAGGUUCAGUAAAGGAAGGUAAAGUUGGUCGUAAGGAUGGACAACCUCUGCCCGGCGAGGAUGAACCUCUUCAUGCAUUCAUCACGGCGAGCAAUCCGGAGUCGGUCAAAAAAGCUGUCGAUCGCAUUAAAGACGUCAUUCGACAGGGCAUUGAAGUCCCGGAAGGGCAUAAUGAUCUCCGAAGAAUGCAGUUACGGGAAUUGGCUCAGCUUAAUGGAACCCUGCGGGAGACAGACGGACCCCGUUGUACGAACUGUGGUUCUAAUGAGCACAAGAGUUGGCUAUGUCCAGAUAAGCCCAACAUUACUAACAACAUUGUCUGUUCAUCCUGCGGCGGAGCUGGUCAUAUUGCAAAGGAUUGCCGCAGUAAACGCCCAGGACAAGGUGGUCCACCAGCUAGCAAUAAUCAGACCAAGAUUGACGAAGAGUACAUGAGCUUGAUGGCGGAGCUUGGAGAAGGUCCUCCCCCGGAAACCACUCAUCAAAGUUCCGGUCCUUCCCGGUCGUAUGGGCUUUUCGAACCCCGACAGGCUCCACGUCCUCUGAUGCAGACACCGCAUCUUCCCCCGCAGCAUCCAGCGGCGCCGCCAGUACCGCCUCAACAUGCACAACAGUGGAACCAAGCUGCGAUGCCAGCCCUUCCUGCUCCGCCUCCGCCACCGCCAGGAAUUACACCUCUUAUGUCAUGGGGCCAGCAACCUCCCCCACCCGGAAGCCCCGAGCUAUUGCCACCAGGAACUGCUCCCCUACCGCGUUUCCCUUCAAGUUAUCCUCCACCCCCUCCAGGGAUAUCACAGCAGCCACUUGCUCCCGGUACCGGUCCGGUCGGCUCAUGGGGUGGAAGUAAUGGUUCGGCUCCACCUCCACUGAUGCCACCCGGUACAUGGUCUCCCGCCGGCAAUGGCGCUGGAUUCAUCCAACCGCCACCCAUGCCCCCAGGGAUGCCACCGGCUCACCUAUUGAGUGCACCGCCUCCUCCACCUCCACCGUCAUCCUGAACGGUGCCCGGAGAGGAGGACACAUUUUUACUGGCAAUGGAACACAUACCCUGACAAAUUGAAUGAUAACCAAACCUGAAAAUUUAGCGAUAGUUAUAGGCUUAGUUUUCUUUUGUUUGCUGCAACAGAAGUCCCCGAAUAAACAUGCUAGUUCCGGUCCGUUCCAGUGACGAAAA